AUGAAUAAGUACCUCUUGUGCAGAUUAAAAAAUAGGACGCUCGUGCAAAUUUGUGGAACAGACUCCUUCAAAUUUCUGCAAAGUUUGACAACGAACGAUUUAAAUAAAAUAAUAACGGAAAAGGAUUUUUCUUUAUAUAAAAAUGUCCCAAAAAAUAUAUUAUCCAGCCUGGAUGAUACAAGUGCGUAUCAACUGUGUGGCCACAAUGUAAACCACAAAAAAUGGACGAAGGGAUUGCCUUCCCUAUUUUUGCAAAACAAUGGCAAAAUAUUGGCUGAUUGUUUUUUAUACAAUGUAAAAUAUACCCAUGAAGAGAAUACCUUUAGCCUCUUUUACAUGGACUGCAAUGUGAAAGCAUCCAGAAUGUUGCUCAGCAUAUUGGAAAAGCGCAAGCUCUCAUGUGAUGUUCAUUUUAGCGAGAUGACCAACAUCGCGAUUUAUCAACUCCUGUCAGGUGCGUCCGUCCUCCGAGGGGGGAUUUCCAAAGUCGAUGAGGUGGGCAACGGUGGAGAUAGCGCUACCCAACUGGAGGACGAUCUUUCUACUCUUUCCAAUGAUUCAGGAAUAUUCCUCCUGUCCAAAGAUGCAAGAAAUGAUCUAUUAGGAUAUAGACUGUACCAAAUCAGGGGGAAGGGACAGAAGAUGGUAGACGAAAAGGAGGACAAAAGCACAGGCAUAAUUAUUACAACAGACUUUGUAGAUUCCCCAUGUAGUAAAGCGCCAAACGGGGGGAUUGACCAGCUUGGCAACGGGAAUAAAAAGGAGGCCUGCGAAUUGCUUCUCAGCUUUGAAAAGGAAGAAAAGGUAAAUCUACCCGCCACUUUCCUGUAUGACUAUAUGAAGCUGAAUUUAGGAGUCGUGGAAAAUUUAUAUUCGAACGAUCCGCUCUUUGGGGAGAGCACGGAGGAGGCCGCAAGCCGUUCGCAUGGUUCGUCUGUUCAUGGUGAGCCUAAUUCGUCCGACGCAGCAAAUGGCGCCAAGGGAAACAUCGACAGGGACGCGUUCAAAUUUAAGGAUCUCUCCCCCUUCGACCUGAACUACGAUAAGUUAAACUAUUUGGCAAAAGACAAAGGCUGCUACGUAGGCCAAGAAGCAAUAAACAGAACAAGGAACGAAAUAUUUAUAAAUAAGUACCAACUGACGAUGUGUGUAAACUACGACUAUCUCGAAAUGUUCCUGGAAAACUGCGACAAUUUAAACAAAACUAUUUUGGCUGAUUCGCUUUUUCAGAAGUACAUAAAACGAAUUAAUGAUAGGAGUUUAUUCAAGCCAACUUUUUUUUUGUUGAAAAAUGCAUCCAAAUGUUUGGAACGUGCCAUUAACUAUGAACAACAAUUUAAUGUAAUUGUCCAGGAGGGUUGCUCAAAAGGUGGUGACCCAGCAAAUGGUACUAUAGUGGGAAAUGUCUUUUUUUAUAACCAUGUGAUGGGACUAUGUUUUCUAAUCAAGAAACGUAUACCACUUGUAAGUGGUGACAUUUACUCUGCUGCUUCCAAUGUGUAUAUUAAAAACAAAGUUGGUGAAGAGCACCAUCGAGUUUGUCUUUUCCCAUUUAAUUAUCCCGGCAAAACUUUUUAA